AUGACAUCACAAAGUUCUAAUGACAACUCUAAAAAUUUACUUUUAGUGGCCGAUAAUAAAAAGAAGCAAACUUCAAGCUUUAAGUUAGCUCCAAUACCAACUACAUCGCCAUGGAAAUCGCCCUUACCAAAUAGUAGUGUAGUGCGACCCAUCGAAGAGCUAAAAGAUAUAUCAAAGGCUUCAAAGCCGAAUAAAAUGGGUUCAGGCUCAAUCAAAGUGAUGAGCAAUACAAAAUGGACUCCAAUUACACCAUCUGUUACCAUUUCAGGAUCUAAGGACACAAAUUCAAAAUCAGGAAACGAUCAUAGAAACGUUAAAAGUAAUAGAAAGACGAAAAAGCGUGGCAGCAACAAUAGCAAUAUAAGUGAGAAGGUUUUCAACGGUGAAAGCAGUGCUCCCUAUGAAAUACAUACCAUUUGUAAUGCUAAACCUAAGUAUUUCGACACUAAUGCUAAAGCAAACACAUACUUGAGCUCAGGCACUACUACUGAUGUAAAUAACAAGAAAAUAGCAAAUGGUGAAAGCUCGCCUAACGGUAAACAAUUAAAAAAUUUCCAAAACAAAUAUAGUAGAACAAGAUACAAUAACGAAAACCACAGUUCCAGGUACAACAAGAUAACUCAUUAUGAUGGUUACUUUUCAAGUAGUCGUCCAUCUAAAUCUGAGUAUAUUUCGAAUUCCAGUCACUGGUUGAACAAUAAUACAAGACCUGGGUAUAACCAACAAGUAUAUUUGCGCCCACAACAAUAUUAUAAUAACUACAACUACCAGCAACAAUUGCAAACACCAUAUUAUUAUUCGAUGGAACCUAUUUUUAAAUCAAUCGAAAGCAUCAAAAACCAAAUUGAAUUUUAUUUUAGCGAAGAGAACUUGAAAACUGAUGAUUUUUUAAGAUCUAAAUUCAACAAAACUAACGAUGGAUUUGUUCCCAUGAGUUUGAUAGGGAAAUUCUACCGUAUGGUAAAUUUGUCUCUAGGAGGUGACCCAAAUUUAAUUCUUGCAUCUGUGAAAGAGGUUUUGCACAAUAAAGAAACAAAUGGUUUAGAAAUUGCCUUAGGAAGUAUAGAUGGUUCCCAAAAGAAAACAGUGGAUGAAUUUGAUCCACUAGAAAACUAUUUCAUCAGGCGCAAAAAUUGGUCUGAUUACAUUACAGAGAAUAGUUUUGAUGACAAUGACAAAACUUACAAAUAUAAAAUUGAAAAAUUUUUGGAACCAGGUGAUUUGGAUGACUAUCAUUAUAUAAGCUACCCAAACUUUUACUCUGGUCAUGUGGAUGGGAAAAAUAACCAGACUUUUGAUCAAGGUAAAAUGAGCAGAGAGUUUCAACAAAACUUGCAAAUGGAUGAUUAA